GUGAGCAAAGGUGAUUAUAAAAGGAAGAAAUUGAAUUUAGAGGAGUAUGUAAAGAAAUUUAAGGAAGUUUUAAGGGAAGAUACGAAUAAAAUUAAAUACUGUAGACUAGAAAAAUGUAAAAUUGUUACAGAAAGAGGUAAAAAAGUUUUUAAAAGGGGGCAGAUGAUGCCGCAAGUAUUAAUUAAAGACGCAGUAAAACACUUAGAAGAUUUAGAAAGAAGAGAAAUCAACAUUGGCGCGGAGAAAACCAUUUGGGGCACUAAGAAAACCAAAUGGAAAUAUUGGAUUAGUAAGUAA